CGAGCGCCGGUCCUGCGUGCGCCGGUGCGCGUUGUCGCGCGGCUGCGGACGAACACCGGGGCCAGGCCGGCGCAGGGACCGAGUUUCUGCAAAGUUUGACCUGGUUGCCUUUCCGAUGCUGCAGCAGAGCGAGGCGGCGCGGGGCGCGCCAGGCGGCUGCGGCGCGGCGGCGGGGCAGAGCGGUGACAGCACGCUCAUAAUGAUCAUAAAAUAAGGAGGCGCUCGGGGUGGGGGCGAGAGAGCCCCGAGCCUCAGCCCUCCGCCCCCGGCCAUCCCCACAGCAGCCCAGAGCCAGGAGGGGCUUGGGGAUCCGAGGCGCCCACGCCAUCCCCAGACCCUAGUAGACAAGAGCCAGGGGACACUACCCAGGGGAGGGGGCGCCCCGAAAACGUGCGGGCAGAGAGGUUAGGGAAGACCGGAGGGCGGUGACCCAGGCACCUGGAGCGGCCCUAGGGGCAGGUCCUCGGCGGCCGAGGGGAAGCAGGCGGCGGCGGAUACUCCAGUGCAGUCCCGGAGCCCUGCGCGGCAGUCAGAGGCUACAGCGACACUGGCAGAGGAACGCGCGAGUGGGCGCCGGAGGGGACCUGGCGAGCACCUAACCCGGAGCGCACCUCUCGGAAGGGCGGGUGGAUAACGGCCUCACAGGACGUCGGACCUCUGCCGCUUGAAUCGGAACUCACGCUGCAAUUGAUUGGGCCCCGCCGGGCGGGCGCGUGUGUUCCAGGGAGCCGGUGCGGAAGGCAGAAGGGCAGGAAGUCGGCGUUCUGCAGCGAGGGUGGCGCGACCGCGCGGGGACCGAGCCUUCCUUAUUUAUGUGCCUGCCAGAGCCCGUCUGCUUCCUGCGAAGACUUCAGGGAGAGUGUCCGAGCUGCCAUCUCCAAGUGUGAGGACGCAGCGCUGGAUGUCAGAAAAACAUGCUUCUCCAUUAAACUCCAAACUUUUCUUUUUUUAAACCCAAAGAAUAUCGGUGGCUUUUGCCCACUGCUAGAAGAGGGAGCCCAAGGCUCUUGAGAUGCAACAGAACCCAUAUUUAUAACAGGACCCGGCAGUGCUAUGCAAGCCUCCUCUACUCCUUAAGUUCUCUAGCCUAUGGAUCUCGUUUUUGAGUUUUGAGAUUAGAUUGAGCGCUCUGCACUGGGUCCUGCAACCUCCAUCCUUUCAAUGCCCUGUUAUUUUUGGGACUGCUGGCCUUCCCUGGAGAUUAGAGCGGUCCUGUGUGCCAUGGGCUGUAUUCAGAGCAUCGGAGGCAAAGCCAGAGUCUUCCGGGAAGGGAUUACCGUGAUUGAUGUGAAAGCCUCCAUCGACCCCAUCCCCACCAGCAUCGACGAGUCCUCCAGCGUGGUACUGCGCUAUCGGACACCCCACUUCCGGGCCUCAGCCCAAGUGGUCAUGCCGCCCAUUCCCAAGAAGGAGACCUGGAUCGUUGGUUGGAUUCAGGCGUGCAGCCAUAUGGAGUUUUACAACCAGUAUGGGGAGCAGGGCAUGUCUAGCUGGGAGCUCCCUGACCUCCAGGAAGGAAAGAUCGAGGCCAUCAGUGACUCUGACGGAGUGAACUACCCCUGGUACGGCAAUACCACGGAGACCUGCACGAUUGUGGGGCCCACCAAGAGGGACUCCAAGUUCAUCAUCAGCAUGAACGAUAACUUCUACCCCAGCGUCACGUGGGCCGUGCCCGUCAGUGAGAGCAACGUGGCCAAACUGACCAACAUCUACCGGGACCAGAGCUUCACCACGUGGCUGGUGGCCACCAACACCUCCACCAAUGAUAUGAUCAUCCUGCAGACCCUGCACUGGCGCAUGCAGCUGAGCAUUGAGGUGAAUCCUAACCGGCCCCUGGGCCAGCGCGCCAGGCUGCGGGAGCCCAUUGCCCAGGACCAGCCUAAAAUCCUAAGCAAGAAUGAGCCCAUCCCGCCCAGCGCCCUGGUCAAGCCCAACGCCAACGAUGCUCAGGUCCUCAUGUGGAGACCCAAGUACGGGCAGCCGCUGGUGGUGAUCCCGCCCAAGCACCGGUAACAGCCAGGCUGCUGCGAGGUGAGACUCAACGUAGUAACAAUAUUACUGCUCAGAAGGAAACCCAGAUGAGGAAACCCAGAGGCCCUGUCCGGUCAUUCAGAAAAAUACAACCAUUCUACCUUCUCCCGGGGCGGAUCUCACUGUGCUAAAACCGGCCGGCCUGCUGGCUCCUCCACGUGCUUCCCUGCAGGGAGGCAGGGCCAGGGACAACAGGCGCCCACCCACCCCACCCCCAGGGCUCCUCUCCUCCUAUCACAACCUCAGUGUUCAUUGACUCUCCGAAACACCGCUUUUUUUUUUUUUUUCCCCUCCUCUUUGUGGAUGCAGGGGCAGGGGAGGAGGCUGGUUGUCAGGGGACCCAGCCUGCUCUUCCUGCCUCCCCUCUGCCUGUCCUCUGCCAUGCGGCCUUAUGUAGACUUGCUUUGCCAAACUUUUGCCUUAAGCUGAAUUUAAAGGAGAGAAAGAACUGGAAAGGCCACGGAUCUCUGCCCUACAGGACUUGCCCUCUUCCGUCAGAGCUGGGAAGAGGGGAGGCUCACCUGAACCCUGCCCCUCUCCUGGGCGUCUGGGUGAGGAGGCAAGAGUGCGAUCUCAGGUCUAAAACCAGCUGUUUUAUCCUGUUGUUUGUGCAGAAUCAAAACCACAGACUCUUCCUAGAGCUUCUAUUCCACCCCAGUUGAACCCCUUUACCAGUACCUGCCGGGGGGUGUGAGCUGAGCAGGGCAUAGAUCCUUGACCCCGCCUCUCUCCUCAGUAGCCUUAAGUUGUCUGGUGGAGGUAUUCUGGGAGAAGAAACGAGGAGUCCCCAAAGUGUUGGGUUGGAGCUAGGUAACGUUUUCACCUUUGCUAUCUCUAGAACCCACCCCUAGGAAUGUGGCUUUUUCUCUUCCAUUAUCUUGGUCCCAAAUGCCUGGCAGGGUUGGGGUUGGGGCAUGGCCACUGAGUCUGGACAGUCCCAGCUGUCUUAAGGUAAAGAUGGCAUGCCCUUUCCUCCUGACCAGCACUAUCACACUUGAAUCUGGGGUUCCAGCACCCAGGGAUGCCCAUACGCUAGCACACUGUAAAGAAGCCUAUCAGAGCUUCUGGUUCAUUCUCAGGGGAAGCGGCUCCCGGACUCUCUGGGGUGGGCUGCAUAUAGGAGCUAAGCACCAGCUGGAGGGUGCUUGGGUCCCUCCCCUCCCCGUCAUAGGUGCUCCUGGGGAGGUGGAGGUCUGGGGAGCAAGCAGUCAGUUGACUCACCUGGGAGGUAUCAGGCCAUUGUGAAACUGGCUUGACACAUGGUAGGCAGUCUUGGGGGUCUCCCUUCUGGAGCCCUAGAACUUGUCCUUGAGUGAUGCCAUGGUUUCUAGAAAUGUCUGCUUUGAGCUACUUGAGGGACACUCCGUUAAGCGUGCUAACAGCUGCAUCACUGGAUUCAAACCAGUAAUAAGCACAGACAACCGUUAUCACAAGAAAAAGAAUGUUUUUGCUGCUGCUGAGCCAUUUGUAGGGGAGCCUCGGAGACAGCAUGGGAGGUACAGCUAGAUCCCAAGCUCUGUUUCUACACUUGAGACAGUUGUCCUUCCAGGGUACUUAAUGUCUGGUCAUUCUCAGCCACUAGGGCUGGGGGGGGGUGGGCUGCAGUCACCUGGAGCACACCAAACAGAUCAUGCCCAUGGCACAGUUGGCUGGAGAGCCACUUGUCAGGGCUGGACCUCCUUGGAGCCUUCUCUUUCUCUAUGUCACCUUAGCUGGGAGAGCCAUGAGGUCUCAGCCCCACACUAGAUCAGGGUUGGCUGGUGACUGGAAAGGCCUUCUCUGUGUUCAGGACUUCCUUGCCCUGAAGAAAAGAGACAGGCUCUGGUGAGGGUUGGGAGCGAGUCCUUGUCCUGGGCUGAGUGCUCUCUAAAGGUUUGGUGGGAAUAAGGAUUAGGAAUCACAGUAGGGGUGGCCUGAACUGCUCUGGACAUGGGGACCCCCAAACCCACAUAUCUUGCGCUCCUUCCCCACUGCAUGCCUGGCUUUGCCCACCUGGCUUCCUUGGCUCCCCUUUCCUCUCUACCCUCCUGCCUGACAGAAGACAGACAGGGCUAGGGAGAACCCCAGAGAGGCUGUGUGGGUCUGGGCGAGAACACUCAGCUUCUCUUGGGUUGGUCCCCUCGGUCCAUUGCCUCAUGUUGUUGACAGACCCCAGGCUUCCCUCUACUGUUGUCCUUCACACCCAUGCCCAUCCGGGUAUGGACACUCACUGUUUCUAGCAAUAAGCACCAACUGUCCUUGGUCACGGACAGUACUGUGAACACGAACCCAUGCGUGCACUUACCAGCAGGCGCGAGACUCUUGAAGACAAUGUCAAAGAAACCUUUUUUUUUUUUUAAAGAUUAAA